GUAUCUACAUCGAAUGUAAAGCUUCAUUCUACCAAUAGUUCCGCACUGUCAACAAUUUUCGACGGAUCAUGAAAGCACCAGAGAAAUUGUAUUUCAACGAUGUUGUGAAUGCGGUCCAUUUGUGCGUGAGGAGGAUGACAACACCCUGUAUGACUCGACUCACCUGGCUGCUUCUGGUUUCAUGAAAUAAGGCAUUGAAUCCCCUGCAAGUCCUGAGACUAUAGCUGCUUCAAAUAAGAGCCCCAUCGAGUCAUGAAAAAGAACUAUUCACGCGGACUGAGAGCAAGGAAAGUCUCAGAUGCUGCUCUCUUCCAGCCUACCUGCUGGGAUCUCUGCUCUCAACACGUUUCUGUGCAGUAGAAGCCUCCUUUCCUUUAACAGCUGGAAUCUUUCCAUAAGGAAGCCAAAAAACUUCACACUGUCUACCCAAAUCCUUUGUGGAGGGGAAGAUGCCGCAUCUGAAGAGGAAGAGGAAGAGCAACUACAGCGUGAGGGAAACACAGACUCUCAUCAGCGAGAUCCACAAGAGGAGAGAGGUGCUGUUCUCCAGACAGCAGAACACAGCAGUCAAUGAACUGAAGAGGCGGGCAUGGGAGGAAGUGGCGCAGUGUGUGACCUCGCUGGGGGAGGGGGAGAUCCGCACGGCUGCUGAGGUGAAGCGUCGUUACCUGGACUGGCGUGCACUGAUGAAGAAAAAAAGGCUAAAGACGGAGAUCUCGCUGUCUUCCUCCUCCCCGUCUCUGACGAUAAAGACGGAAUAUGACCAGUCGUCCCCGGAGCUGGAAGCCACCUCUCUGGGUUCUGGCUGUGAUCAGCUGCUGGACCUGUCAGGCUUCCCCAAAGACUGGCCGGAGCUGGAGACCCUGGGCGAGCAGAGUGAGAUGACCCCUCUGGACGUGAAGAUGGAAGAGGACAUCAGUGAAAGCAGACUGGACGGGGGCGUCGACGAUGAAGAUGACUUCCCUCCUUUCUUCGGCUGCAUUGAGUCCCGUCCAGAGGGUCACGCCGGUGAUACCUACACCUACAGUGAGUUGGGCUCCUCCAAGGAUCAGACGUCCACCGCCAGCAGGGAGGUGCUGCUCGACGGAGGCCCGAUGGAGAAGCCGUCUGGGAAUGGUUUUGGGCAUCCCGACAGCAUGCGAGCGGGGAUUCUCCUCGCUGUGGAGAAACAACGCUUGGAGUUGGAGAAGCAGCGGCUGGCAAUAGAGGCCGAACGCCUUUCUGUGGAGAAAGAGCGUCUAGCAGUGGAGAGGGACAGACUCCACCAGGUGGAGGUGGAGAGAGAGCGCCUCCACCUGGAGAGGGAGAGGUUACAGGUGGAGCGAGAUCGGCUGAGGCUUCUGCUCGUUGGCCAAUCGGAGCAGAUCGACUCUUCUUUCAACUUCUCCCAGCAAGGCCCACCAUCCUCUUCCUCAUCUUUAUCUUCUUGUAGCAACAGGCAGGGGGUGAAGGGAAGCAAAGGGUGGAUGUCAGUGGUGGAUCUGGAGACGGAGAAGAUCAACCUGGAGAAGGAGAGGCUUAAUCUGGAAAAGGAAAGGCUGCAGUUCUUUAAGUUUGAGAGCGGGAGACUGCAGAUCGAACGAGAGCGUCUGCAGGUAGAAAAAGAGAGGAUGCAGCUGCAAGACGGUCAUUCAGUAAAAGGCUGAUUUGAACAAAACGAGGACGACUACGUGACGUCAUCCUAACAUCUUCAUCAGCAGAAAAAAGAUUCAGGAUGUGGAUCCUCUGAAUUUGGAGAUCAUGCAUGUUUAUGAUAAAACAUGUCUUCUGAUAAAGAAGGAGAUAUAAUUGGUCCAACAAUAAAAAAGAGAGCAAAACUUAAAAAAAAGAUUUAAAAAAAACUUUUUAAGUAGAAAUAGAAAAAAGUACUUGACUAGUGUGACAAAUUCUCAGCAGUUAAGCGAUAAUUCAAAGACCCCGUUUAAUGAAAAUUGUGUUUUUAACAUGUUCUUGUGGCAGUUUUUGAUGAUAAAGUAAAAAUAAAGAAAAUUAGGCUUAAAA